AUGACAUCACCACACCAACAAUCCCAAGUUCCGGAAGUAGAAACAAUAAAUAUGGCUGCAUCAACUGAAACUGAUUGGCAACAACGUUAUGAACAAUUACAAUUCGAGCAUCAGCUUGAACUAGAACGUAUUCGUCUGCACUAUGAUCAUGAACUUAAAGAAAAACUAAUUGAAAUUCGUAUGCGUUUAAAACAAGAAUAUGACCGUUAUUUUGCUGAAUUUCGAGCACGUCUAUUAGAACAACAACAACAACUUUUUAAUGUUAGUUCGAGUAGUUUGUAUCUUGAUCCAAAUAUAGGUGAACAAGUACGUGAACAAGUUUAUAUUGCUGAAGAAUAUGACCGUUACGAAGAUGAACGACGUCAACAAUUACUAUCGCAACAAUCAACUGAUAACGAUGAAAUUCAACUAGUCAAUAAAUUACAUACCGAAGGUGUUUAUGUAUUAACAUUAAGUGAACUUUUGUCAUUACAAUUAAAUGGUGUAGAUAUUGGUACAACAAAUGAAUCGAUAGGUUCAAUACAAAAGUUACAUGAAGAAAAUUCUUAUCUUCGUUCAUUAAUUGCAAAUAUAAAUGCUAAUGAAAAUGGUAAUACAUUAAUAAAAUGUCUUGCUGAUAUAUUUCGAUGUGAACAAGAACGUCAUUUAAUAGAUAUACGUAAGCAUAAAAAUGUUGAUAAAUUAGAACACGAUAUUCAGAAUAUGUGUGAUUAUCAACGUAAUGCAUUAGGAAAAUUAUUAUCACAAGAUCGUCUAUCAUUAAUUAAUGAACUUGAACAAACAAAAGAACAAUUACAUUAUUUAAAAGAUAAAUUUGAACAAUUAAAACAAAAUCAAGAUCAAUCAAAAAUAAUUAAUUUUCGUCAUUUAAAUAAAUUUUAUUUUAAAUAUUUACGUUGUGAAGCUUAUCGAAAAGCAUUAAUUUAUCAAAAACGUUAUUUACUUAUUUUAUUAACUGGUUAUGAAGAUACAGAAAUGUUUGCAUUAAAACAAAUACAACGUUUAACUGGAAAUAUGAAAUCAAAUUCUUCUAAUAUUAAUCAAAUAAAAUUAAUAUCUAAACAAAAUUAUCGUCGACGUUCAUCAAAUUAUCGUUUUCGCUUUCGAUGUUAUAUUACAGUUGUUAUUGGUAUGAUUCGAAUGCGUUGGCUUGUAAAAAAAUGGGCACAAAAAUUAGCAACUAUAUAG